AUGAGGACUGUGGGGCGGGAGCCUUUGCCGCGGCGGAGUCCAAGAUGGCGGCGUGCGGUUCCGCUGUGUGAAACGAGCGCGGGGCGGCGGGUUAAUCAUCUCCGCGGAGACGACCUCCGACGACCCGCAACAAUGAAGGGAAAAGAGCGCUCCCCAGUCAAGCCCAAACGCUCCCGUGGUGGUGAGGACUCGACUUCCCGCGGGGAGCGGAGCAAGAAGUUAGGGGGCUCUGGUGGCAGCAAUGGGAGUAGCAGCGGAAAGACCGACAGCGGCGGCGGUUCGCGGCGCAGUCUUCAUCUGGACAAGUCCAGCAGCCGAGGUGGCAGCCGCGAGUAUGACACUGGCGGGGGCAGCUCCAGUAGCCGCUUGCAUAGUUACAGCUCCCCAAGCACCAAAAAUUCCUCGGGCGGGGGCGAGUCGCGCAGCAGCUCCCGGGGUGGAGGCGGGGAGUCACGUUCCUCUGGGGCCGCCUCCUCAGCUCCUGGCGGCGGGGAUGGCGGGGAGUACAAGACGCUCAAGAUAAGCGAGUUGGGGUCCCAGCUGAGUGACGAAGCGGUGGAGGACGGACUGUUUCACGAGUUCAAACGCUUCGGUGAUGUAAGUGUCAAAAUCAGUCAUCUCUCGGGUUCUGGCAGCGGGGAUGAGCGAGUAGCCUUUGUGAACUUCCGGCGGCCAGAGGACGCGCGGGCGGCCAAGCAUGCCAGAGGCCGCCUGGUGCUCUAUGACCGGCCGCUGAAGAUAGAAGCUGUGUAUGUGAGCCGGCGCCGCAGCCGCUCCCCUUUAGACAAAGAUGCGUAUCCUCCGUCCGCCAGCGUGGUCGGGGCCUCGGUAGGUGGUCACCGGCACCCCACUGGAGGAGGUGGAGGCCAGAGAUCCCUUUCCCCUGGGGGCGCAGCCCUGGGAUACAGAGACUACCGGCUGCAGCAGUUGGCUCUUGGCCGCCUGCCCCCUCCACCUCCGCCGCCCUUGCCCCGUGAGCUGGAGAGAGAGCGAGACUACCCGUUCUAUGAGAGAGUGCGCCCAGCUUACAGUCUUGAGCCAAGGGUGGGAGCCGGAGCAGGUGCUGCUCCUUUCCGAGAGGUGGAUGAGAUCUCGCCCGAGGACGAUCAGCGAGCUAACCGGACGCUUUUCUUGGGCAACCUAGACAUCACUGUGACAGAGAGCGAUCUCAGGAGGGCUUUUGACCGUUUUGGAGUUAUUACAGAAGUAGACAUCAAGAGGCCUUCUCGGGGCCAGACCAGUACCUAUGGUUUUCUCAAGUUUGAGAACCUAGACAUGUCUCACCGGGCCAAACUGGCAAUGUCUGGCAAAAUCAUAAUUCGGAAUCCUAUUAAAAUUGGUUAUGGUAAGGCUACACCCACCACCCGCCUCUGGGUAGGUGGUCUGGGACCUUGGGUGCCUCUUGCUGCCCUGGCUCGAGAGUUUGACCGGUUUGGCACCAUACGCACUAUAGACUACCGCAAGGGUGAUAGUUGGGCAUAUAUCCAGUACGAAAGCCUGGAUGCAGCGCAUGCUGCCUGGACCCACAUGCGUGGCUUCCCACUUGGUGGCCCAGAUCGGCGCCUUAGAGUAGACUUUGCAGACACCGAACAUCGUUACCAGCAGCAAUAUCUGCAGCCUCUGCCCUUAACUCAUUAUGAAUUGGUGACAGAUGCUUUUGGACAUCGGGCACCUGACCCUUUGAGGGGUGCCCGGGAUAGGACGCCACCCUUGCUGUACAGAGAUCGCGAUAGAGACCUUUAUCCUGACUCUGAUUGGGUGCCACCGCCACCCCCAGUCCGAGAACGCAGCACUCGGACUGCAGCUACUGCUGUGCCUGCUUAUGAGCCACUGGAUAGCCUGGAUCGCAGGCGAGACGGCUGGUCCUUGGACCGGGACAGAGGGGAUCGAGACCUGCCCAGCAGCAGAGACCAGCCUAGGAAGCGAAGGCCUCCUGAGGACAGUGGGGGCCGGCACCUGGACAGGUCUCCCGAGAGCGACCGGCCGCGAAAACGUCACUGUGCUCCUUCUCCGGACCGCAGUCCAGAAUUGAGCAGUAGCCGGGAUCGCUACAACAGUGACAAUGAUCGAUCUUCCCGUCUUCUUCUCUUGGAAAGGCCCUCUCCAGUCAGAGACAGACGAGGUAGUUUGGAGAAGAGCCAGGGUGACAAGCGAGACCGUAAAAACUCUGCAUCAGCUGAACGGGAUAGGAAGCACCGGACAGCUGCUCCCCCAGAGGGCAAAAGCCCUUUGAAAAAAGAAGACCGGUCUGAUGGGAGCGCACCCAGCACCAGCACUGCUUCCUCGAAGCUGAAGUCCCCUUCCCAGAAACAGGAUGGUGGGACAGCCCCUGCAGCUGCAGCCUCUCCCAAACUCUGUUUGGCCUGGCAGGGCAUGCUUCUGUUGAAGAACAGCAACUUUCCUUCCAACAUGCAUCUGUUGCAGGGUGACCUCCAAGUGGCUAGCAGUCUUCUCGUGGAGGGCUCAACUGGAGGCAGAGUAGCCCAGCUCAAGAUCACUCAGCGUCUUCGUUUGGACCAGCCCAAGUUGGAUGAAGUAACUCGACGCAUCAAAGUGGCAGGGCCCAAUGGCUAUGCCAUCCUUCUGGCGGUGCCUGGAAAUUCCGACAGCAGGUCCUCCUCUUCCUCAGCCACAUCAGACACUGCCACCUCUACUCAGAGGCCACUUAGGAACCUUGUGUCCUAUUUAAAGCAAAAGCAGGCCGCUGGGGUGAUAAGCCUUCCUGUGGGGGGCAACAAAGACAAGGAAAACACCGGGGUCCUUCACGCUUUUCCACCCUGUGAGUUCUCCCAGCAGUUCCUGGAUCCCCCUGCCAAGGCACUGGCCAAAUCUGAAGAAGAUUACCUGGUCAUGAUCAUUGUCCGUGCAAAACUGGUGAACUGCGGAUUGAAGAUAUGGAAUUCAAAGCUCUAAUGGACCUUUUUGAAGAGAAGUUAUGGCUUAUGUGGAGUUUACAUGGGCCUCUUGAUGGAAGAAAGCUAAUCUGUUUAGUAUUUGUGCAUUUUACUAAAAUGGCAGCUUAAAGUUGUGUAUCUGCUAUUGUGAUGCCAAUGCCGGUGUUUUAAGUGGAAAAAAAUGACCUCUUGCUUUGUGCUGUGUACACAAGAUUUCUGGAAAAGUAAAGAAAAACCCUUUUUAUGGCUCACACAGCUUAAAAGUAGCUGUCACUCAAACGUGCGCUCACAGUUGAGCUGCUUUUGUUUUAUUCUAAAUAAAUUGUUUCUUUUGAGGAAAAUGUU